AUGAAAAUAAAAUAUACCGACUGUCCUCAUUUCUUCUCUGCCCAAGUUGGCUGGUCCCCUUUUGCACCGCACGCGAAAGCCGGCGCCUGGGUUCGUCUAAAUGAAUCUGCGCAGCUAUUUUCGGUCGCCCCAGCAACUGGGGCGCCAUUGACUCAGGCUGCAGCCGAACCGGAUCGAUGGGUUCGGCUGAUCGUUCCUAACCCAUGCCCUAACGCCCAGACGGUUGGCAAUUCGUCAAGUCUUCUGCUCUUCAUGUACAUCUACCUCUUGCCCGCCGUGCCUUCAGUCUGUCAUUGCAACCAUGGUCACUUUGAUGGAUGGGAUUUGCACGUCUAG